AUGGCGGUUGUUAGCCUGAACAAUCCAAUUGUUCAUUUAGUAGUGUUAGGCUGGGUCUUCAUGGGUUGUAUUGGGCUUGGUCUAAUGAAUAUCGAUGGAGCUCCGUAUGUGCCUGCAAUGUUUGUUUUCGGGGACUCGCUAGCAGAUACUGGGAACAACAAUCUCAUUCCAAACUGUAAAGUGCGUGCAGACAUCAUACCAUAUGGCAUCUCCGCUUUUCCUAAACCAACCGGCCGUUUUUCAGAUGGCUACAUUACUUUUGAUUAUAUAGCUUCCUUUUUAGGGUUGAGUUCCCCCAAUCUACUGCUUUCACAUCCGACAAGUAUUUCAAGUGGAAUCAAUUUUGCAUCUGCAGGGAGUGGAUUGCUCGACUCAACUGGAAAACGAAAGGCCUGUUUUAUUUGCAUUAAUGUUAUGCCUUUGAGUCGACAAAUACAAAAAUUUCAAAACAUUUCUAACAUGUUGAUUAAAGAACAAGGAUACGAGAAAGCCAAGUUCCGCAUAGCCAACUCUUUGUUUUGUAUUUCAAUUGGGAGCAAUGACAUCGCGGAAUACAUCAUACGCAUGAUUAAUGGCGUUACAGACCCUCCAAUGGAACAGUUCGCUAGAAAGCUUUUCAAAGCAUAUGACGAACACUUAGUAGAGCUUUACAAAUCUGGAGCAAGAAAAUUCCUUCUUGUAGAUGUCCCCGCUCUUGGAUGCACUCCUUAUGCAAGACAAUUCAUAGAUUUUUUUGCACCACAUUCUUGUUUUCCCCCGGCAAACGAUUUGAGUAUAAAAUAUAACAGCUGGUUGAGAAAAUUAGUGGAUCAUUUGAAUCAAAAGUUAGAUGGAGCGUCCAUCAUUCUUCUUGAUUCCUAUUCUAAAGUGAUGGACAUGAUAUUUCAUGCUGAAUCAUAUGGGUUUUUGGAGACAAAAUUUGCAUGCUGUGGGUCUGGAACGUUAAAUGUGUCUAAGGAUUGCGGAAAGACGACUCCUCCUGAUCAAUAUUGCAAGGAUCCAGACACACAUUUAUUUUGGGAUUGGGCUCAUCCCACACAAAAAGCUGCUAAGAUUUUUGCGGAUGCAAUAUGGAGUGGAAAUUCAUCCGUUAUCCAUCCGUUCAAUCUCUCUACUCUAGUACUGGCGAGAAAAUGA